AUGGAAGAUAGCAAAAACAUAACUAAUUUCUUCACUAAGGUUACGAAACUAGUGAAUCAAAUCAAGAAAUAUGGAGAAGCGUUAACAAUAAGAGCUAUUGUUUCAAAGAUCUUGAGGUCUUUGGCCCCUAAGUUCGACCAUGUGGUGGUAGCCAUAGAAGAUUCAAAAGAUUUUUCGAAAUUAACAAAGGAAAAGCUUCAAGGAACGCUUAAAUCUCAUGAACAAAGAAUGACUGAAAGAGCUGCAGGCAAGUCGAAGAGUGAUAUGGCUCUGCAGGAUCAGUCAGCAAAAGAAAAGAAAGGUAAAGGAAGUUGGAUUGGAAAUAAAGGUAGAGGUGGCUACAACAAUUCAACUGGUCAAAAUCAACAUGAAGGAAGUUGGUCGAAUCUGAGAAAGCCCUCAUACCAAGGCAACCAAAAAGGUGGUGUUGGAGGCAGAGGAAGAGGUGGUGAUCGAAAGCCUAACAAAAUUCCCAUACAAUGUUUCAAUUGUCAUAAGUAUGGUCACUAUACGAGUGAUUGUCCAGAGAAGCGCGAGAAUCAAGUAAGUGAUGCAAAGUUUGCAAAACAUGAAGAAGAAGAGAUGUUGUUGAUGGUAAAAACAAGAGAUGAAGAUAAAACCAAGGACCAAUGGAAUGGUAGAUUUGAGUUGAAGAGGUUCCACAUUGGUAAGGUAAUCGCUAGAUCUAGCCUCAAACAAGCUAUUUAG